AUGUAUGAGUCCACACCCACAGCCAUGGCCCUUUGGAACGAGCAAUUUACUGUUUCCUUUGCACCAGGUCUAUUCCCGGCAAUCCUGAAUCUUGCCAGUAAUGCAGUGAUCUCCACCAAUGCAACAUGUGGCGAAAACGGUCCAGAGAUGUACUGCAAGCUGGUGGAGCAUGUUCCUGGGCGGCCAAUACGCAACCCGCAGUGUCGUAUCUGUGACUCGAACAGCGCGAAUCGCAAAGAGCGCCAUCCCAUCGUCAGUGCAAUAGAUGGCACCAACAACUGGUGGCAGAGUCCCAGCAUCCAGAAUGGGAGGAAGUAUCACUGGGUGACAAUUACCCUGGACCUGAGACAGGUAUUUCAGGUAGCCUAUGUUAUCAUUAAGGCAGCAAACUCUCCUCGGCCUGGGAACUGGGUGUUGGAACGCUCCAUUGAUGGUGUUGAGUUUACACCAUGGCAGUACUACGCCACAAGUGACACCGAGUGCCUGACCCGCUACAACAUUGCACCUCGGAUUGGACCACCAACCUACAAGAGGGAUGAUGAAGUGAUCUGCACAUCUUACUAUUCCAGACUUGUCCCGCUGGAGCACGGAGAGAGAUUGCAGUGCCAAUGUGAACACAAUACCUGCGGGGAGAGCUGCAGUGAGUGUUGCCCUGGUUACCAUCAGAAACCAUGGCAGUCUGGAACCUUUGCUUCUGACAACACUUGUGAGAAGUGUAAUUGCCAUGACAAAGCAGAAGACUGUUACUAUGACCAGAGUGUAGCUGAUCGCAACCUGAGUUUGAACAUACAUGGUCAGUACAACGGUGGGGGUGUCUGUGUUAAUUGUACGAACAACACUGCAGGCAUCAACUGUGAGACCUGUAUUGAUGGCUUCUACAGACCUCACAAGGUCUCUCCUUUUGACCGUGAUCCUUGCUUGCCAUGUGGCUGUAACCCAGCAGGAUCUAUAAAUACUACUUGUGUGAAGGAUGAUAAUCACGCAGUUAUAGAACGUGGUCUGUUCCCUGGUCAGUGCCAUUGCCGAGAGGGUUAUGCAGGGAAGACGUGCAGCCAUUGUGCUCUGGGUUUCAAGGGUUUUCCCAAUUGUGCGCGCUGUAACUGUAGUCUAGCUGGCAGCAUCAAUGAUGACCCUUGUGCUGAGCCAUGCCAUUGCAAGAGAAACGUGGUGGGAGAGAACUGUAACCAGUGCAAAUCAGGGUUCUACAAUCUGCAGGAGAGGAACCCUGAAGGAUGCACAGAAUGCUUCUGUUUUGGACUCUCUGGUGUUUGUGAAAGCAUUUCCUGGUCCAUUACACAGGUCACGGAUGUUAAUGGAUGGCAAGUGACUGACCCUCAGGGUGUAAAGAAGGUGCAGACUUCUCAGAAUUUGUUUGAUGGCUCCAAACAAGUGAACAUUAACAACACCGAGGCCAGAAAGUCUCUGCCUGCUUUAUAUUACUGGACAGCGCCAGAACUGUACUUGGGCAAUAAGUUGAUUGCCUAUGGAGGCUACCUGAAGUUCUCUGUGUUAUAUGAUUUUCCAAUGGAAAGCGCUGAUAAUGAGGUGAUCACCAAUAUUGAUGUCAUCAUUGAGGGCAAUGGGCGAACACUGAGUACAGGGUCUGAAGGCCUCCGGCUCCAACCAUAUGAAGAACAAUUGGUUUCAGUUCAACUCUUACCCGAUAACUUUGUGGACCUUAAUACAAAUAAUGCCAUCGACCGAGAUCGACUCAUGACUGUUCUAGUAAAUGUAACACGGUUGCAGAUCAGAGCCACAUACAACAUUGCCAAACAGUUUGUGUACAGGCUGAGUUCAGUCACGUUGGAUGUUGCAAACCCCAAUGCCAUCGACAUUCUUCCUGCAGUCGAUGUUGAACACUGUGAAUGCCCAGCAGACUACUCUGGCAUCUCCUGUGAGUCUUGUGCCCCAGGUUUUUAUCGUGUCGAUGGAAUAUUAUUUGGAGGAAUCUGCCAACAGUGUGAAUGCAAUGGCCAUACCACAGAAUGUGACACUAACGGCACUUGCUUGAGCUGUCAGCACAACACAAUCGGACACAAUUGUGACCAGUGCAUCCUUGGAUUAUAUGGUGAUCCCAGCAGAGGGACGAGUGAGGAUUGUCAGCCAUGUGCUUGCCCACUGAACAUUUCCUCUAACAACUUCAGCCCCACCUGCUACUUAAACAAAACAGGAAGCAUCAUUUGUGACCAAUGCCAGCCAGGCUAUGCAGGGACCAGAUGUGAAAGGUGCGCUGAUGGUUACUAUGGAAAUCCAACAACACCCGGAGAGUUCUGUGUGCCGUGUGACUGUAACGGCAACGUUGAGGUGUCAGUGCCAGGAAAAUGUGACCCUGUGACAGGAGAAUGUCUGAAAUGUAUCGGGAACACAGCAGGAAGGUGGUGCGAACAGUGUGCGGAGGGGUUUUUCGGUGAUGCAGUUGUUGCCAAAAACUGCCGCACUUGUGACUGCAACGUGAAUGGUUCCUAUGGCGAGGCAUGUGACCCCAAGACCGGCCAUUGCCAGUGCAAAUCUAAUGUUCUGGGGCAGAAAUGUGACCAAUGUUUGCAUGGGUAUUUUGGCUUGAGCACUGGACAGGGCUGUGUUCCCUGCAACUGCAGCCAAUUGGGCUCCCUCUCUGAGGACUGUAGCGAGGAAGGGCUCUGUCGCUGUGUGCCAGGGGUGAGUGGAAAGAAGUGUGACCACUGCGCACACGGCUUUUAUGGAUUCCAGGAUGGUGGCUGCACACCUUGUGACUGUGCCCACACUCGGAAUAACUGCGUAGAGGAUUCAGGCCAGUGUAUCUGCCCAGCACACACACACGGAGACAAGUGCGAACACUGUGAUGCCAACCACUGGGGUCAUGACCCUGAAACUGGGUGCAAGUUUUGUAACUGCAGUGCAGUUGGUUCCGUUGGUCCUCGGUGUGACAGAGUAAGUGGUCAAUGCCCUUGCAAAGAAGAGUUCAGCGGAGAAAAAUGCAACAAGUGUGCCAUUGGCCAUCGAGACUACCCACAAUGCACCGCUUGUAAAUGCAAUCCCAGUGGUACCAGACCCGAAAAAUGUGACCUGACCCAAGGAGUGUGCAGCUGUGAGGAGAACACAGGGUUUUGUCCCUGUAAGGACAGCGUCUCUGGUGUUCAUUGCGAUGAAUGCAAACCAGGAUCGUUUGCUCUCAGUCUCCAGCACCCAGCUGGGUGCAGCAGUUGUUACUGUUCUGGAGUGUCUAAUUCCUGCUCGGAGCUCCAAGGACUGGUCAGAAUUCCACUGACCCUGACUCCUGACCAGCUGAGAAUGCAUGUUGUCACCCAAGGCAACCUAACUGGUACCAGAGAGGGCAUCUUCGCUCAGCUCCCAGAGACCUUGCUGGAUGCUGCACUAGUACAGAGGCAUCUGCAAACAGAACCAUAUUACUGGUCACUACCUGCCCAGUUCACAGGCAGUAAGCUUUUGGCGUAUGGAGGGAAACUGAGAUAUGUAGUUGCAUUUUAUGCCCUGGAAGGCUCUGGAAGCUUAAACCUGGAACCCCAGAUCCUACUGAAAGGAGGCCACAGCAGCAAAAUGGUAAUUUACAGGAACAUGCCAACUCCUGCAAAUGGAGAACAAAGCAGGCACGUGAUACACAUGACUGAGCACGAAUGGAAGUAUUUCAAUUCAGUCUCUGACAAACCUGUCACCCACCCUGAUUUCAUGUCAGUCCUCAGCAACGUUGAAUACAUCCUAAUUAAAGCUUCCUAUGGUACUGGGCUCCAGCAAAGCAGGAUUUCUAAUAUCUCCAUGGAGAUUGCGAUGGAGGAUGAUGGAACUCAUGCAUCGAGAGAUCGUGCACAUCAGAUUGAGAUCUGUGACUGUCCCCCUGGAUACGCAGGCCUCUCAUGCCAGGAAUGUGCUCCUGGGUUCUACAGACAGAAGAUGAUAUUUGGCCUACAGUCACUCGAUAUUGUGUGUGUCUCAUGCCAGUGCAACAAUCACAGUAACGUCUGUGACCUUGAUACAGGCAAAUGUCAAGCUUGUCGUGACAACACUGUGGGUGAUCACUGUGAGCUGUGCGCUUCAGGGUACUAUGGCAGAGUCAAUGGAUCUGUCGCAGACUGCUCCCUUUGUGCCUGUCCCAGGUCCAAUUCUGGCAGCUUUAGCCCCACGUGUGUAUUGGAGGGUGUACGUGAUUUCCGCUGUACUUCCUGCCUGGUUGGGUAUGAAGGACAGUACUGUGAGAGAUGUGCGCCAGGUUACUAUGGUAACCCACAUGUUCCAGGCGGUAGAUGUCAAAGGUGUGAAUGUAACCCGAAUGGUUCUGUGCACAUCAACUGUGAUCCUUUAAUGGGCCACUGCGUUUGCAAGUCAGGUGUAACAGGGCGUCUCUGCAAUCAAUGUGAAUCUAAGCAUGUGCUGAUAGAAAGCGAAUGCAUAUCUUGUGAUGAUGAUUGCACAGGACUCCUGCUAUCUGACCUUAUCAAUUUGGAAACCAUUUUGAUGACAUUAAACGUAACAGGCUUUGAUCCAGCUCCCUAUAAUCUCUUUGCUGACAUAGAAAACAGGACAGAACAAUACAAGGUUACUCUGUCGACAGAAAGAAACACAAGUGCUCUCGUUGCAAAGGUAGAAGAACAGAUGUCUGCUUUGAUCUUGGGGAUUAGCCACUUACAGAAGAAGGUCGCUCUGGAGUUUGCUGGUGGACAGGAUCUGAAUGAAGCUGCUGGGAGAACACUAACCAGGGGUUUGGAGCUUGCAGCAUUUGUAAAUAAAACAACCAAGACAAUAAAUGCUCUUGUUGACAUGGCAAGUCACCUGAAUGAGACACUGGGAACUGACCUGAAUCUCUCAGACACCAAACUGCAGCAACUCCAGCGCGAGAUCCUGAAUAUGCUGGAAUCCAUGCAGAAUAGAGUGUUUAAUCAAUCGAAAGGAAUUUCAGAAUCUGAACUAAAAGCGGCACGCCAUCUGUUGGCCAGCGUGCAGAAGGCGUUUCAGAAAUCCCGUAAGGAAAUGGAGGACUUGAAAAACAGGGUCAAGUUUAUGUUAGUGCAACAUGCCAAUGAGUUGCAGGAAGCUCGAGAGCUAGUGAACAAAGCACGUUCAAACACCAACGAAAGCAGCAGGCUUCUCCUCAGCAUCACCAGUGGUCUGCAAGAGCUCCAGGAAAAGCAGCAGACUAUCAAGAAUAUCAGGAUGCUGACAACAAACGUGAUCCAAGAUGGAAGAGAGAUGUUGAACACUGCAGUAAAUAUGACAGAAGACAUUGUGAACAACACAGCUUUUUUGGAGCAAUACAGCGACCAGCUGGAUUUGUGGAAUACUAAGAUGAGGAUGCACCUUGACAAGUUGGUGAUGGAGAUGACUCAGAAGAGUGUGCUCAGCCUUGUCUACAAGGCAGAAGACCAUGCUGAAGAACUUAGUGAGAUUGCAAAUCUGCUAAACAGUUCCCUUGCAGCUGUAAGAAACGUGUCUCUGAAUGCCACAGUGGCUGUCAACACACAUUCCAACAUCAAAGCACUCAUUGAUGAAGCUGCAAACAUUGUAUUAGAAGCUAGGAACAAAGCUGAUGCUGCAUUAAAGUUGGUUAUCGGUCCUCAAACACCACUGGAGGAGUUUGGCAGGAAGUCAGCCCAGCAUAGUUCAGAGAUCCUGAGCGAUGCAAAUGGCUUGAAAAACAAAACUGCUGGGCUUGUGAAUCAGCUGAAUGGAUUAAAGGAGAAGGUUGACCAGAUUCAGAAAGGCGUGGGUAAUGUGAGCAGGCACCUCAGGGAGCCCUGGCACAUUCUGGCACAAAUGCCAAAUGGGACGGAUGCUCGAUUCCAAGAGGCAAGGGAUCGUGUAGUCUCGGCAAAUCUGACAGCAGCUGCAUCUCUCACUGAGAUUCAGCAGUUCAGUCGGCAGCUGCUGAGCACAUCUGGUUCUAUAGCGAGGAUCAAUAAAACCGUCAGAGAAACAAAUGUCCUCAUCAGUGAUUCAGCGAAGACUGCGGCAGCAGCUGGGAAGAAGGUGCGGGAGGUUGAAAUUCAAGCCAACUACCUGCUGGACAAGUUGAAGCCGCUGAAAAUGCUGGAGGACAACCUGAACAGAAACUUAUCAGAGAUAAAGGAAUUGAUCAUUCAGGCCCGGAAGCAAGCUGCUUCGAUUAAGGUGGCAGUAUCAGCCAACCGAGAUUGUAUCCGUGCCUACCAACCAGCGCUAACAAGCAGCAAUUACAACACUCUGACACUGAAUGUGAAAACCUCCGAAUCGGAAAAUUUGCUGUUCUACCUCGGCAGCAGCACCAGCACUGAAUUCUUGGCUCUGGAGAUGCGACAUGGCAGGGUUGGCUUCCUAUGGGAUGUGGGCUCCGGCACGACAAGAUUAGAAUACCCCAAUCAGCAAAUUAACAGUAACAAGUGGUACAGGAUUCACGCUGCCAGGUUUGGACGUAUGGGUACCUUGUCUGUUCAAGAAGUUGGAUCGUCCAGUUUAGACAAGCCAGUGGUAAAGACAGCCACAUCUCCUGGAACCUCCACUGUACUGGAUGUGAGCAAUACCACACUGGUGUUUGUUGGAGGUCUCUCUCGACAGAUGAAGAAAGUAGCAGCUGUGAAGAUUACCCACUUCAAAGGUUGCUUGGGUGAAGCCUUCCUGGAUGGGAAAUCCAUUGGCUUGUGGAACUUCCGAGAAAGGGAAGGGAGUUGUAGUGGGUGCUUUGCAAGGUCACAGAAUGAAGACAUUGCUUUCCACUUUGAUGGCAGUGGCUAUUCAGCAGUCGAGAAGGUGCUACGUUCCACAACAACCCAGCUAGUGAUGCAAUUUAGCACAUUCUCACCAAAUGGCUUGCUCCUGUACCUCGCUUCAAAUGGGACCAGAGACUUCUUAGCAGUAGAGCUGGCAGAUGGGAAAGUGCGAGUGACCUUUGACCUUGGGUCUGGAGUUCUCACCCUUAUGUCUGAGAAACGGUACAACAAUGGAACAUGGUUUAAAAUUGCAUUUCAGCGCAACCGGAAGCUAGGUAUUUUGGCUGUCAUGGACCCAUUUAAUUCAACGGAUCGGGAAACCAAGCAAGGAGAGUCACCAGGAACUGCUUCCGAUCUCAAUCGUGGGCACAAAGAUCCGAUCUAUGUCGGAGGAUUGCCACGCUCUAGAAGUUACAGCCAUAUUUACAGCAAGCACCUUAAACCAACCGGACUGGAGAAUCAGGGAUUGUUCCGAUUCACGGUAUCUUUAGGACACAUGAUGUUGCAGUCUGAAUUUGGCUUCGUUGUGCCAAUUUUAUGCCUGGCAAGUGAGUGCCCAGAGGCCCAAAUUCUAGAUCGGGAUUUCCACAGGGUGAAAACAGAAUAUGUGAAGCGAAGAGGUAUGAUUACCAUCGAUGGGAAGGAAUCUAGCCCAGCUUUGGGAGAUGGUAACUCACUGGAUGUUGAAGGAAAGCUAUAUCUUGGAGGUUUGCCUUUAGACUACACUGCCAGGAAAAUAGGAAAUGCAACACACAGUAUCCCUGCUUGUAUUGGCAACGUGACAUUAAAUAACAAGCCCCUGAACUUGGAGAGGCCAGUUUCCGUCCUUACUGUGAGCAGGUGUUACACGGCUGUCCAGGAGGGCACUUUCUUUGAUGGCACUGGAUUUGCUGCACUGGUGAAAGAAGGUUACAAAGUGAGGUCAGAUGUAAUUAUUACAUUUGAGUUCCGCAGUACAACCCGAAACGCGGUACUGCUUGGCAUCAGCAGUGCUAAGGUGGAUGCAAUUGGAUUAGAGAUUGUAAAUGGCAAGGUUCUGUUCCAUGUAAAUAAUGGAGCUGGAAGAAUAACUGCUAGAUAUGAACCCAAGGAUUCAAACCAGCUGUGCAAUGGGAAAUGGCAUAAACUUCGAGCCAAUAAGAGCAAGCAUCGUAUUACACUGACUAUGGAUGGAGUUUCUGUGCAGGCUGACAAUCCCCAUCUUCAGUCAACCUCAGCAGACACUAAUGAUCCAAUUUAUGUGGGCGGUUAUCCUGCUAAUGUGAAACAGAAUUGCCUGACCCUUCAAGAGCCAUUCCAGGGCUGCAUAAGGAACCUCAAGCUGACAAAAGAUCAACAGAUCCAGGCUUUUGACUUCAGCAAAGCCUUUGAUCUCCGAGGUGUCUUCCCUCACUCUUGCCCUGGCAUCGAACACUAGCCUCCAGGAAUGUCCUCUCAGCCGAGAGAAUUUUAUCAAAACAACUGCUCCAUACCCACUUCCCAAUUGUAUUUAUCGCCCGUCUUUACUCAGGAUAAACAUGCAUUUUUUAGAUAAUGAAUCACCUGUUUUUGGCAGAUGCUUAACUAAAAGUUUUAUGUACUGUACAACAAGUACCUCCAUAAACAAAACCAUUAACAACAUCAGGAUGGAAUAUUUUAAUUUUUUUCGAUGUUUACAGUUGUUUUUCUCCCCAACAGUAUUUACUGAAAUGUUAAUCCUUGUUCAUUUUGAAUAUGUUAUCAUUUUGCAAUUAAAGUGUAAACAUGAUUUGGACCACUGUGCAGCUUUUGAGUUACUAUGUAGUUGCAUAAUUUACAGAAACUUUAAGGAAGUUGUUCUUCUGAUUGCUCACCAUAUUUUCUUCAAAACUGCCCAC